UGCAUUAAUACCAUUCUGUUCACAUCGUGACCUUCAUCCUCACCAUCAGCAGUCAUGGUCCAUCGUUCUCUCCUGCUGGUUCUGCUGGUUCUCGCCUGCCUUCAGUUCUUCACGUUGGCCAACAGUGCGAAUGGACCAGGUCUAUGCUGUUUCAGUUACUACAAGAGCCCAAUCCCUGCAAAUAUCAUUACAGCGUAUAAAGUAACAAGCCUUCAGUGCAAAAAACCUGGAGUCAUCUUUACUCUAAACAACGGCAAAAAGACGUGUGCACAUCCUGAAGACGAGUGGGUGAAGAACAACAUGAAACUAAUUGACUAGCACGUUUAAGAAACCGGUCCAAAACUCAGCUGAAUUUACUUUUUAUUGAUUAGCCAGGAAUAAUAAUUCAUUUUAAAUCAUAUUUAAUUUACUUUACAUUUAAAUCCUAUAUAAGAUAUUAUAAAUUUUUAAGUAAUACCUUAUUGAAAUUAUUCUCACAGUAUUUAACUGAAUUAAACUAUAGACUGUCGACAUGAGUUCAUUGAUUUUUUUAUCCAUAAUAAAGGAGAUUUAAAUGGAAUAUAA